UAAAAUAAUACUUAAUGACUUUCCCAUCAUGGCUAUCCCAGUACUCAUCUGAUUCAUUUCAUUAUUUCUACUUGUGAUUCAGUUUUAGUUUGAUUCUGUUAUAGUUUGACCAUCUUUUUAAUAACUGCUGCACAUGUUGUUUCAGGGUCAGCUGUAUGCAGGCUCAGAGGAAGCAACGGUGCAGAUGCCACUUAGUACAUGUGACCAUUACGCUUCCUGUAUGGACUGUGUGCUGGCCAGAGACCCGUACUGCGGCUGGGACCUCAGCGCUGAACGCUGCAUUGCUAUAAAAAACAUUCAUCCAGAUACACACAGUGAGGUGGUUCAGAGUCUGAGAGAUGGAAAUGCUGCACGUUGUUCUGCAGUCGGAAUGCAAACAGGUAACAGAGGACAUGUCUUUAAAGAGGAUGGCGUGUGGAAUCACAACACCAUGCUCCUGAUGGAAGACAAGGGUGUGCUCAUCCUGGGAGCUCGAGAUGCCAUCUUUGCCCUGGACCUCAACAACAUCACACACAAGAAGGCUAUGGUUAAGUGGUCGGUGACUUCAGAGAUGCAGCGCAAUUGUAUAUUCGAAGGGAAAACACAGACUGAGUGUCAUAACUACAUCCGGAUCCUUCAUAAAAUGUCGAACGACACCAUGUUUGUUUGUGGUACCAACGCUUUUAAUCCGACCUGUGAUAUUAUGUCUUAUAAAGACGGCAAGCUGACUCUCGAGGGUAAACAACAAGAUGGGAAAGGAAAGUGUCCAUUUGAUCCUUUCCAGAGAUGCGCCUCUGAAUUUGUCGAUGGAAAGCUGUACUCUGCUACGUCUUUGGGUUUGCUGGGCUCAGAACUGGAUGGGUUGCGAAGCUUAUAUGACAGCAUAGAAACUGAAAUUAAGACUUCAUGGCUUAAUGCGCCCAAUUUCAUUGGCAUGAAGCAUGUGGCUGAGGGAGAUGACAACCCAGAGGGGGAUGAUGACAAGAUUUACCUUUUCUUUAAUGAAAGAGCUGUGGAGUACAAUACCUACAGGCCGAUGGAGGUGUCAAGGGUGGCCCGCGUUUGUAAGGGGGAUGUGGGAGGACAGCAGACAUUGCAGAAGAAGUGGACAUCAUUUCAAAAGACUCACCUGGACUGUCCUGUCCAUCAAACCAGACUACCACUUCUCAUACAGGAUGUGUUCCUCUUCUGCCCAGACACCUGGAAAACCUGUAUGUUCUACGGUGUCUUCACUCCUCAGGGGGAAAUGCCGGAGUACUCAGCAGUGUGCGCUUACAGGAUACAGGACAUCAGGGAUGUGUUCUCUAAAGGUCGAUUCAAAUCGCUAUACAGAGAUGAUCCCUUUGAAGCAUGGGUGACAUACUACGGACCUGUGCCUGACCCUCGUCCAGGAGCUUGUAUUAACAGUAAAACAAGGGAGAAAGGGUUUUCAACGUCUUUGGACCUCCCUGAUGAAACCCUUCAGUUCAUCCGAGACCACCCACUGAUGGAUCAGGCAGUGAAGCCUUCUGAGCAGCCCCUACUGGUGAAGAAAGGAGCUGUGUUUACUCGUAUAGUGGUGGCCAGCACUACUGCCCUGGAUGGGAGCAGCCAUCAGGUCAUGUUUAUUGGCACAGCAAGCGGUUCAGUGUUGAAAGCAGUCAACUAUGACGGAAAGAUGGUGAUAAUAGAGGAUGUGCAGCUCUUUAAGCAGUCUGACCCAGUGAAGAUAUUGCGGCUCUCCGUCACCCUGGGUCAGCUGUAUGCAGGCUCAGAGGAAGCAACGGUGCAGAUGCCACUUAGUACAUGUGACCAUUACGCUUCCUGUAUGGACUGUGUGCUGGCCAGAGACCCGUACUGUGGCUGGGACCUCAGCGCUGAACGCUGCAUUGCUAUAAACAACAUUCAUCCAGAUACACACAGUGAAAUGGUUCAGAGUCUGAGAGAUGGAAAUUCUGCACUUUGUCCUGCAGUCGGUAUGUGAACAGGUGACUUUUCAGCAGAAUAGCUGGAUCCCCUGAUAUGACAGCAUAAUGGAGACAAAUUGUUCUUUUAUUUUUUACGUUUAUUUUUUAUUUUGCAGACACCUCAAUGACAAAUCUAACAUAAUCCACACUGAAAAGUAAAAUUUACA